AUGUCCCCUCCUCCUGGUCUUCGGCGACAGGGGGAGAAUUAUGUGUGUCGCCUCAACAAAUCUCUCUAUGGUUUGAAGCAAGCCUCGCGGCAAUGGUUCUCCAAGUUUACCGAAGCCAUUCUUGAUGCCGGUUUCAUCCAAUCCAAGGCUGAUUAUUCUCUCUUUGUGCAAAAGGUUGGUAAUUCCCUCACAGUACUAUUAAUAUAUGUUGAUGACAUUCUUAUUACUGGGAACAACCUAGACUCUAUUCGUGCUACCAAAGAGUUUCUGCAUGCCCGUUUUCGCAUUAAGGACUUGGGUGACCUCAAGUUUUUCCUUGGAAUUGAGAUUGCACGAUCACAUAAAGGUAUUUAUCUAUCUCAACGUAAAUAUGCGUUGGAAAUUAUUAAAGACACAGGUUUCUUGGGUGUUAAACCUGUUGAUUUUCCCAUGGAAGAAUGCAAAUUGUCAAAUAAAGGUGAGCUGCUUAAGGAUCCUGCUGUGUAUCGGCGUUUGGUUGGACGACUUAUAUAUCUCACUAUCACCAGACCUGACAUCACCUAUUCAGUUCAUGUCCUUAGUAGAUUUAUGCAUGAACCUCGUCAACCUCACAUGGCAGCCGCUCUUCGAAUUGUUAAAUAUUUGAAAGCAUCUCCCGGUCAAGGUUUGCUUUUGAGUUCUAAUAAUGAUUUGAGUUUGAAGGCUUUUUGUGAUUCCGAUUGGGCUGGCUGCCCCAUUACCCGCCGAUCUACCACGGGAUAUUGUGUUUUCUUAGGAGACUCAUUGAUCUCAUGGCGUACCAAGAGGCAAAAGACAGUAUCAUUGUCAAGUGCGGAAGCAGAAUACAGAGCAAUGGCUGGUACGUGUUGUGAGCUUACUUGGUUACAGUAUUUGUUUACUGAUUUGCAUAUAUCUAUUCCUAGACUGGCCAUUCUGCAUUGUGAUAAUCAGGCAGCUCUUCAUAUAGCUGCAAAUCCGGUUUUUCAUGAAAGAACACGCCAUAUUGAAAUGGAUUGUCAUUUCAUUCGGGACAAGAUAUUAGAUGGUUCAAUCCGAACUCGUUUUGUUGGUUCUUUGCAACAACUAGCAGAUGUGUUCACAAAAGCGUUAAGCAAAGACAAGUUCAGGUCAUUGUUAAGCAAGUUGGGAGUCCUUGACAUCCACUCUCCAACUUGA